AGCAGCAGCAGGAGAAGGAGACAGUGAACGCAUCUUCUACCUGGAAGGAAAGGACACAUCUCUGAAUCAUUCAAUCAUCAUUUUGCUCUGACAGCGCGUGGAUGUGUCACGCAACCCACAUUUGCGUGGCGGUGUGCAGCAUGCAUGCACUGAAGCCAGCGUGCACGCACGCACUGCUGCCUGCACGGCGCACACACCGUGUCUGAUCGUGGACUCCUGUGACAUGUCGCGGCAUGUCGUGUGUCCGCGCACCGACAGAAGGAUGACAGCAGCUCGCAGCGUGUGUUCGGGCUGAAGAUGUGUGCGAACUUGUUGUCUUCAUCUAACCCCCGGUGUGAUAACCUUCAUCGGGCUGACAGUCCGGGCUGCUCCCGGCUGGACUUCACCGCGCAGCAUCGCGCCUCUUCCACCACAAAGCAGCCCAGGCAGUCAGGAGGGGAUGUCGGCUGGGGUCGGGCACUUUUUUAACUCUUCGCUCCUAUCGGAUAGUGGAGUUUUUUUUAGGGUGGAUGUGUGUUUGCACCAGUAGACACCGCGUAUGACCGCACACACCACACUGGCUGUGAAAGCACCGAGCGGUCCGGAGAUCAUCGGCGGAUAUUUACGCGCUCCUCGCUGCUGAAUGAUGCCAAAAGCAGCUCCCAGUGUUUCGGUUUAGAGGUGAAUUGGCUCGCUUGAAGCCACGCGAGAGUGGGGCUUGUUCUCGGCCCCCACCUCCUCCUCCUCCUCCCUCCUCCACCUCCUCCACCUCCAUCAUCAUCACCUGGAAAAAGAGCCACGAGACUCCUCUGACAGGUGUGAACACAGGACACGCGCCAUGGAUGAUUCUGGGAUCAUCCGAAGACGGAGGCUGCAGAAGGAUUUACCUCUGCCUCGGAAAAGUAGCAGUUGCAGAACCAGUAACCGGAAAAGCCUCAUCCUGACCAGUACGUCCCCCACGCUGCCACGGCCGCACUCUCCACUGCCCGGACACAUAGGAAGCAGUCCGCUGGACAGCCCACGCAACUUCUCGCCGAGCGGACCUGCUCACUUCUCCUUCGCCUCUUCUCGCAGGGCUGACGGUCGAAGAUGGUCUCUGGCUUCUCUGCCUUCCUCGGGAUAUGGCACCAACACGCCCAGCUCGACGUCGUCCAGCUCGUCCCAGGAGCGUCUGCACCAGCUGCCCUUCCAGCCGACCAUGGACGAGUUGCACUUCUUGUCCAAGCACUUUGGCAGCACCGAGAGCAUCACGGACGACGACGGCGGCCGUCGCUCGCCGCACGUCCGCCCUCGCUCUCGAAGCCUCAGCCCGGGGCGCUCUCCAUCCUGCUAUGACAAUGAAAUAGUGAUGAUGAACCAUGUCUACAAGGAGCGCUUCCCCAAGGCCACGGCGCAGAUGGAGGAGAGGCUGGCAGAGUUCAUCCAGAACUACUCCCCGGAGAGCGUCCUGCCGCUGGCCGACGGGGUCCUCAGCUUCAUCCACCACCAGGUCGCCGAGCUGUCCAGAGACUGCCUGACCAAGUCGCGUGAGGGCGUCAUCACCAGCGUCUACUUCUGUGAACUGCAGGAGAACCUGGAGAAGCUGCUGAAUGACGCUUACGAGCGCUCGGAGAGUUCGGAGCUCACCUUUGUCAUCGAGCUGGUCAAAAAGCUCUUCAUCAUCAUAUCUCGUCCAGCCAGGCUCCUCGAGUGUUUGGAGUUCAACCCUGAAGAGUUUUACCAUCUGCUGGAGGCAGCGGAGGAUCACGCCAAGGAGGGACAACUGAUGAAGGCGGACAUCCCCCGAUACAUCAUCAGCCAGUUGGGACUGACCAGAGACCCUCUGGAGGAAAUCGUGAGCCUCGACAGCUACGACAGCGAGGGUCCGCACACUCCGGAGACCGAUGACUCAGCAGAGGGGAAAGGGAGAGCCAUCAAACCGCCGAGUGAAGAAGAUUUCCAGAGCAUCAAACUGAUCAGCAACGGAGCGUAUGGCGCCGUCUACCUGGUGCGCCACAGAGAGACGCGUCAGCGUUUCGCCAUGAAGAAGAUCAACAAGCAGAAUCUGAUCCUGAGGAACCAGAUCCAGCAGGCGUUCGUGGAGAGGGACAUCCUCACCUUCGCGGAGAACCCGUUUGUCGUCUCCAUGUUCUGCUCCUUCGAAACGAGGAGACACCUCUGCAUGGUCAUGGAAUAUGUCGAGGGCGGUGAUUGUGCCACUUUGUUGAAGAACAUCGGGGCUCUGCCUGUGGAGCUGGCCAGGAUGUACUUUGCUGAGACAGUUUUAGCUCUGGAGUACCUGCACAACUAUGGCAUCGUCCAUAGAGACCUCAAACCUGACAAUCUACUGAUCACCUCCAUGGGGCACAUCAAGCUCACAGACUUUGGCUUGUCCAAGAUGGGUCUAAUGAGCCUCACCACCAACCUGUACGAGGGACACAUUGAGAAAGACGCCAGAGAGUUCCUGGAUAAGCAGGUGUGUGGCACUCCUGAGUACAUCGCUCCGGAGGUGAUUCUCCGGCAGGGCUACGGUAAGCCGGUGGACUGGUGGGCCAUGGGCAUCAUCCUGUACGAGUUUCUGGUGGGCUGCGUGCCGUUCUUCGGAGACACUCCGGAGGAGCUGUUUGGACAGGUGAUCACAGACGAUAUAGUUUGGCCUGAAGGUGACGAGGCCUUGCCUGCAGAUGCUCUGGCUCUCAUCUCUGCCCUGUUACAGACCAACCCUCUUGUGAGGUUGGGUACAGGUGGAGCGUUCGAGGUGAAGCAGCACUCGUUCUUCACUGAGCUCGACUGGAACACGUUGCUGAGGCAGAAAGCCGAGUUCAUCCCUCACCUGGAGUCAGAGGAGGACACCAGCUACUUUGAUACCCGCUCGGAUCGUUACCAUCACAUCAAUACGUACGACGAGGACGACACCAAUGACGACGAGCCUGUGGAGAUCAGACAGUUCUCCUCCUGCUCGCCUCGCUUCAGCAAGGUGUACAGCAGCAUGGAGCAUCUGUCUCAGCUGGAACAGAAGGCCACGACCUCGGUGUCCCGUCGAGAACACAAGGGCCCGCGGGAGGACAAGGUGACUAAGAGAGAGAGUCUGGGCAGCUUCAGCAUGAGAGACAAGAGCUGGAGGACCGGCUCCCCGGAGAUGAAGCGUCUGUCCUGUUCAGAGUCCCUCUACAUGGAGGGCGAUGCGAGCCCUCCGCUCGGUGCUCGCCGACGCUUCUCAGCACUGAUGGAUACGCACCGCUUUGCCUCGCCACUGGACGGCGAGCCAGACUUCCUGUCCCGCCAGGCGCCCAUCAAGGUCCGUGGGACCUCUCUGGAUGGGACCAGCGUCCCAUCACCGAGCCUCCUGGAGCAGAGGAACAGUCUGAAGGAGAUCAACGGAGCAGAUAAAUCCCCUCGACAUGGAGAGACGCCGGGAGUCACCACGACUGUCACCACGUUAUCUCCGGGCCCUGCAGCAGCCGGUCGAGACGUGAUGACCCCUCUGUACGAUCCUCUGGGGGCCCGGGCCACCAAUGACCUGGUCCUCCGCCGCGCACGGCAUCAGCAUUUAUCCGGUGACGGAGAGAAACGCAACUCCAGACCUGGAAACAAGGUCAUCAAGUCGGCCUCGGCCACAGCCCUGUCUGUCAUCAUACCGUCAGUGGAGCAGCACGGCGGCUUCUCUCCGUUGGCCAGCCCCAUGUCUCCCCACUCGUUCUCCUCCAACCCUUCGUCCCGCGACUCUUCACCCAGCAGAGACUUCUGCCCGGCGGUCAGCGUGCUGCGCUCUCCCAUCACCAUCCACCGCUCUGGAAAGAAGUACGGCUUUACUCUCAGGGCCAUCAGGGUCUACAUCGGAGACAGCGAUAUUUACAGCGUGCAUCACAUCGUCUGGCAUGUGGAGGAUGGCGGCCCCGCCCAGGAAGCUGGCCUGUGUGCCGGUGACCUCAUCACCCACGUAAAUGGGGAGCCUGUCCACGGUCUGGUCCACACCGAAGUGGUAGAGCUCAUCCUCAAGAGCGGAAACAAGGUGACGGUGACGACCACGCCUUUUGAGAACACCUCCAUCAAAGUCGGUCCAGCCCGUAAAGCCAGCUACAAGUGUAAGAUGGCCCGACGGAACAAGAGGACGAUGGGGAAGGACGGACAGGACAGUAAGAAGCGUAACUCGCUGUUCCGUAAGAUCACGAAGCAGUCCAAUCUGCUGCACACCAGCCGCAGUCUGUCGUCUUUGAAUCGCUCUCUGUCCUCCAGCGAGAGUCUCCCCGGCUCUCCAACCCACAGCUUGUCCGCCCGCUCCCCGACUCAGGGCUACCGCUCCACCCCCGAGCCUUCGUACCUGGGUGCUUCCUCCCAGAGCAGCUCUCCGGCCUCCAGCACUCCAAACUCCCCCGCUCCGUCUCAGCACAUGAGGCCCAGCUCGCUGCACGGCCUCUCCCCCAAACUGCACCGUCAGUAUCGCUCCGCUCGUUGUAAGUCUGCUGGUAACAUCCCGCUGUCCCCGCUGGCCCACACACCUUCCCCUACGCAGUCUUCACCACCACCCUUGCCUGGCCACACCGUGGGGAGCUCCAACACCACCCAGUCAUUCCCCGCCAAGCUCCACUCCUCACCGCCGGUGGUCCGUCCCAGGCCCAAGAGCGCCGAACCGCCUCGAUCGCCUCUACUCAAACGGGUGCAGUCGGCGGAGAAGCUGGGCUCGCCUCUGACCCAGUCCAGUUCUACAGGAGGGCUGGGCGGCCCGCUGAGGAAGCACAGCCUGGAGGUGCAGCACUCCGAGUACCGUAAGGAUGCCUUCCUCUGUGAGCUCGGGCUCCAGAGCCUGCUGGAGACGGAGGGGGAAAACCUGCCUCCGAAUCCUCCACCUCUGCCCUCAUCCUCCACCACCCCGGAGACCGGCGUCCUGAAGCCUGUGAGGAGACUCGGGAGGCAGGAGUCACCGCUCAGCAGGGAAACUCUGCUGGCCGGGAGGGAGAGGGAAGAGAGGGAGAGAGGGAGGGAGAGGGAGAAAGAGAGGGACAGUGACACAGCGGCAGUUCUUGAGAGGCUGAGUCGGGUCGGAGCCAUAGUGUCCCCGUCAUCAUUAACGAGAAAACCUCAUACAGGCGAGCUGCCCCUGAGCUCACAGGCCGGGCCGAGCUCCAGACUAAGUGCAGAAACAACUAAAGCUACGACUCCGAGCACCCCAACAAAAACAACGGGAAGUCUGGGCGCUCAGAAGAGUCCGACAGACUCGACCCCAAAACAGCAAGACCACAAGGCAGCCAAAGGCGUGUUGUCUGGUAGUAAGGAUCACAGAGAGCAGCUGGGAUGCAGAACUGAACCAAAGCAGGAAGGAAACCACAAGAGCAGACCCGGUUUACCCGGUGCCGUCUUCAGCAACAGCUCUACGUCUGCUCCAGAUAAAUCCAUCAACUCCACGGUGACAGCGAGUCCUCUGAGCAUGAACAAAACCUUUAAACCCUCAGGUAUGGGGGACGGCCUGAGGAAGGCCGGAGCAGAGAGCGCUGACUCCAGGACUCCAGAUCUCGGCUCCAAAAGCCCAAAACUCCCCGCUCGCAUUCUCGCUCCCGUCGUGCCCCCGCACGGGCAGUCGCUCUCGCUGGGCAAAGUGAGGCAGGGACUCGGGGCCGUCAACUGCUACAGGGGAACCCUCGACUGGGACGAGAAAUGUCGCCUGGAGGUGGUGGAGGAGCAUUCGCCUUCCCCGUCUCCCUCCCCGACCGCCGUCACCCCCUCCCUCUGUGGACCUUCCCUCUGCAAGUCGAGACCCGUCUCCCCCGGAGAAAAGACGAGCUUCGUCAGCCAGCUGACCACCGUGGCCAAAAACGUCCUUGGGCCAAUGAAGCUCGGCUCCCAGGACGGGGCCAAGAGCAAAGACCAGCAGACUAAGGCGGCGGCGGCGGCGGAGGAGAAGCAGGGAGGCGCCGCAGGGAAGUCCGACCCUCCUGCUGGAGGUCGAGCGGGUGUCGGGGCUGCGGUGGUGACCCAAAGUCCCGCCGCCUCGCCGCUAGAGAAGGCUGGUAGCAUCCCGCCCAAAAUGUGACCCCAUGGGGUCCCUGACGGGGACUUUAGUAGAAAAAAAGAUGCCUUUUUUUGGACGAACACUGCAACAGAAGUCAAGCACUUAAAAACAAUGUACAUUCCAGUUUCAGAGUAUAUGAAAUGUUAUUUAUUGAUUCCAAUCAUUGACUGACUCUAACUUCAAACCAGGAGUGAAAUAAUGGACUGUAAAGGUGCAUUAUCUGUUGAUUUUCUAUUAUAAAGUAUUUAAUAAGAAGACUCUUAAUGUAACGUGGAACACUCUAUCAGACGUAUAUGUGUGUGGGUCUCUGUGAACGCAUGUCAUAUGGUGUGUACUGUACUGUACGUUGUAUUCUAGGUACAAGAAGGUCAAAAAGUGCUUUACCGAUCAAAACAUGCU